AUGGUCGGACUCAUCUCGGGCGAGGAGAGUGAGCUAGCAUACAGGGACGAGGUGGAGCGGCUGUCAGAGUGGUGCAAAGUCAACAAUCUGCUCCUCAAUACCACCAAAACAAAGGAGCUGGUUACUGACUUUAGGAAAAACAAAGCUGACAUCCAGCCACUCAUCAUCAAUGGGGCCUGUGUAGAGAGGGUCCCGGUGUUCAGGUUUCUCAGCAUUGAACUGGAGAACAACCUAACCUGGAGUGCCAACACCAAGGAGCUGCUGAAGAAGGUGCAGCAGAGACUGUACUUUCUGAGAAUCCUCAGAAAGAACUGUUUCCCUCAAAAUCUGCUCCGGACCUUCUAUCAUUGCUCCAUAGAGAGUGUGCUCACGUACGGACUGUGUGUAUGUGUUUACCUGUUGGCUGUGACGUCGCUGCCUGUAGGGGGCACUACAGAGAAGCUAUGCAUCACCGUCAACCACUGUGAAUCCAUUUCACUCAUGGUGUCCCUGCAGUAUAACCACAAGAAUGUCACACUUCUACAGAAAACACUUGCAAGAGAGGAGAACUACUUCUGUAGCCCGUUCCAGGUUCCUGUUGUAACCAAGUACACUGUGGCAUUUAUAAGGAUUCAGAUUGAAGGGUCCAGAACAUUCCUGGAAAACGCGACAAAGAUCCUCAUCAGACCUCCAGAACAAGUGCUCAUCGUUAAGACAGACAAACCCAUCUACAAACCAGGACAAACAGUGAAGUUUCGCAUCGUCUCUCUGGAUAGCAGUUUCCUCACCUACAAUCAGAAGUUUCCGAAAAUAGAAAUGGAGGACCCGAACUCAAACAUCAUUGGUCAGUGGCUGAAUAUCCCCACAUCCAGCGGUCUUGUGGAUGUGUCAUAUCCCAUCAACUCUGAGGCCACAGAAGGAGUUUAUGUUAUCACAGUCUGGGACAAGAACAACAACGAGUUCACACAAUACUUCGAAGUCAAGGACUACGUUCUGCCAAAAUUUGAAGUGACGGUCCAGCUGCCUCCAAAAAUAACCAUCUUGGACACGUAUGCCAUCCUCAAAGUGUGUGCAAAAUAUGCGUACGGGAAGCCGAUGAAUGGGACGGUGAGGGCCACUGUCUGCCAUAACAGCUACAAAGUGAUUCCCAACAUCUGUAGGAAGUAUAAAAUGGAGACUGACAAGAAUGGCUGUGCAGAACGUGUCAUAAAUCUGAAAGAAUUUGCAUUAAACGAUUCACGCUCUGAGUCAAUCGUAGCUGAUUGUGAAGUGGAAGAAUACGGAACUGGCGUGAUUCAGAAGAUUUCAUGCGACUCUCCUAUAACAGCUAUGAUGCACACAAUUACAUUUGAGAAUUCACUAACAACGUUUAAGCGCGGACUGGCAUAUGACGGAAUGGCACGGACUGAAAUGACAAACAAUCUACGCAUAGCAGAUUUGCCCACCCCAUACUACCCUACAGCCAAGCUCUUUCUUCAGGCUUUCUUUUCUGAGAGCCAGAGUUUUAUUGAACUGAAGAGCAGCUUGAAGCCUUUCAGCUGUAAUACAAAUGCGAUCAUCAAGGCUGAGUACAGGAUCCAGGAGAGUGCACUCAGACCACAGCAGAGCACCUUGACCUUCUACUACAUGGUGAUGAAUAAAGGACAUUUAGUUCAAGAAGGACAGAUCAUAGAAGCCAUUAACCCUGGAACAGAGCACAGAGGUGAACUGGUGAUUACUCUGCAGAAGAUGCUAAAGGUAACCCCUGUUGCUCAGGUGGCCGUGUAUACAAUCCUUCCCAGUGGUGAGGUCAUAGCAGACAGCAUGAACUUCCCCAUUGAGCUGUGUUUGCCAAACAAGGUGUCUCUAAAGUUUUCACCUUCUGUGGAGAUUCCUGGUGGUAAUACGACGCUGACGCUGAGAGCUGCUCCAGGUUCGCUGUGUUCAGUGAAGGCAAUCGAUAAGAGUCUGCUGCUGCUGCACCCAGAGAAAGACCUCAGUAUCCAAUCAGUGUUCAACAUGCUGCCUGUCCAGAAAUUAUUAGGAUAUCCAUUCAUGAUCACAGAAGAGGAUUCGAACACAUGCCAGAGGAUCCCAAGGUCCUUCACUCUUGAAGUUCCUCAAACCAAUUAUCUGAACAAUGAAAAUGUGGAUGUGUACAGCGCCUUUAAAACUAUUGGAAUCAAGAUCAUCUCCAAUGCAAACAUAAAGAGACCUUCAGCAUGUAUAAACUCUGUUUCCAGUCCUUUUGACACUGUACCCAUGUCCACAUCCACUGUCUUCUUCCUGUCCACUGAAGCAUCCGACCAGCCAUCUACAACCCAAUCAGAAGCCAAAACAGUUGUUUCCAUCCGCAGUUUUUUCCCAGAGACGUGGAUUUGGGAUCUUGUUCCAGUCAGUCAAUCUGGAACGAUUGCCAUUAAUAAAACAGUUCCAGACUCCAUCACUACAUGGCAGGCUGGUGCAUUUUGUACAUCACCUGAUGGAUUUGGAGUCGCCCCGAUAGCUGAGGUCACUGCCUUCCAGCCUUUCUUUGUGAGUCUCACCAUGCCAAGCUCCAUCAUCCGAGGAGAAGCGUUCACACUCAAAGCCACUGUCUUCAACUAUCUCCAAAGCUGUAUGAUGGUGAAGGUGACUUUGGCCGACUCACAUCAGUUCUUCGCAGAAAUUCACAGUAAAUGCAUAGAGAUACAAUGUCUGUGUGCUGCUGAGAGCUGGACCUUCUCCUGGACCAUCACACCUCUGGUUCUUGGGGAGGUGAGCAUCAGUGUGACAGCAGAAGCCAUUCACUCAUCGAUUCUCUGUGGGACGAGUAAAGCUUCUGUUCCAGAGAAAGGACACAUCGACACAGUCAUUAAAACACUGCAAGUGAAGGCUGAAGGAAUCAAACAGUAUAAAGCUGAAAAUAAGCUUCUCUGCCCAUCAGGUGGAGUUAAGGAGAUGGUCUCACUAACCCUGCCCGAUGUAUUUGUGAAUGGUUCAGCCAUGGCUUCAGUCUCUGUGCUGGGAGAUCUGAUGGGCCGAGCUCUACAGAACCUGGCGAGUCUCCUGGCAAUGCCGUAUGACUGUGGAGAGCAGAACAUUUUACGUUUCGCCCCCAACAUCUAUAUCCUGGACUACCUGAAAAGCACCAACCAGCUCACACCUGAGAUCAGGAAAAAAGCUCAGAACUGCCUCCGGAGCGGGUAUCAGAGACAACUCAACUACAGACACAAUGAUGGAUCUUACAGUGCUUUUGGGAUGAGCGAUAAAUCAGGAAACACAUGGCUGACUGCGAUCGUGGUGAAGUCUUUCGGACAUGCGAAGCGAUACAUCUAUAUAGAUCAGGUGCAUGUGGUUCGGGCAAAGACCUGGCUCAGUAAACAGCAGAAGGCUAAUGGAUGCUUUACCUCAGUGGGACAACUCUUCCAGAGCAACAUGAAGGGAGGAGUGAAUAAUGAUGUGACCCUCACAGCGUACAUCACAGCUGCAAUGCUGGAACUCAAUUAUACAAUUACAGAUCCUGUGGUGAGAAACGGUCUUAAAUGCCUGAUGAAUGCGUCCGCUCAGGUGAACUCCACCUACACCAAAGCUCUCCUUUUCUACACCUUCACCCUAGCUGGAGCUCACGGAAUGAGCACCACACUCAUGUCAGAGCUGGAUGAAGUGGCCAUAACCUCAGGGGGUGGGAGACACUGGAGCUCAGUGAAUGAUGGGAUCAAGAUGGACUCUUUGGAGGUGGAGAUGACUUCAUAUGUUCUUCUGGCUCUGUUGUCUGGACCCCAGAUGCCUGGGUUUGAUCUGAGCUACAGUGCCAGCAUCGUCCACUGGCUUUCUCGGCAGCAGAUUACUUUUGGGGGCUUUGUGUCUACACAGGACACUGUCGUGGCUCUCCAGGCUCUGGCGAAAUACAGUACCGCCACCUACAGACCAGAAGGACUCAUUACUGUUUCUGUAACAUCACCAUCAGGGCUGAUUACCUCAUUUGCAGUCACUCAGAGUAACAGGUUGCUGUAUCAGGAGAGUCAGCUGAAGGAGGUUCCUGGAGAUUACAAAAUCAAAGCAGAAGGGAAAGGCUGUGUGUACGUGCAGUUCACUUUGAGCUACAAUAUCCCUCCUCCUCCUGAUCGCUCUUCAUUCAGCAUCUCAGCCUCAGUGUCUGGAAACUGCAGGAUCCCAAAUCCAUCUCUGAAUGUGACCAUUACUGUCAUGUAUACCGGUCAGCGUGAGGAUACCAACAUAGUGGUCAUUGAAGUCAAGCCUCUUUCUGGAUUCAGUGUGGACUUGAACUCUGUGCAGCUCAUGAACGGCAAAUCAAACAUGACUGAUGGAGUUGUGAAACGUGUGGAUCAAACUAAUGGUAAUGCAAUCAUCUACCUGAAUAAAGAGGUGAGCUGUUUGGGAAUGACUGAAAAGCUUGAUUGGGAUGUGCUGAUUGUGUAUAUGCUGAAUAAAGAAGUGGAGAAGGUGUACACCCUGAUAAUUGUACAGAACCUUCCAGUGAAGAACCUAAAACCUGCUGUUGUGAAGGUUUAUGACUACUACAAGCCCGGUGAGAAGGCUGCAACUGAGUACACCUCUCCAUGUUCAGUUCAGUGA